GCUUUCUUUCCUCUAAUAAUUCUGCUUUUUCUACUCUUACUUUUCAACCAUUUACUUAGCCCAAAUGUCUCUAAAGCCGCAAAUUCGCUGGAAUCCUUCUUCCAGCUCCAGCCACGCGGCAGACAGAGCUAAAUCCUCGUUCUUCGACGGUGCAAAAGGAUGAUGCACUCAUCAUGAUACUCUAGCCAUCGGGUAGAAGUAUUGAUUUUUUGUUUUUUUCAGAGGUCUCACAGGCCCUCGCAUAUAUACGCAUAGCAACUAUGGAUCCGUCCAGUGUUACCGCCGUUGAGACGGCUCUCUCGCAAGCCGUAGCGACUAUUGCGGAUAGCUCUUCAGCUGCUAUUGCUUCGGCUAUUACGAGAGUAAACGAUGUUGCGGAUGCCCAGGGCUCUUCUUCGUGGCUUGGGCUCAUCGCCAGACUCGUUCUUUACAUAUUCCACAUUCUCUCGACAAUUUUAUACUGGAGCCUUAAGUUGACAACGAUAUCUGUGCCGACGUUGCUGUUCACCUUGUUCUCUACGAGCUGGACAGUAACGAUGAAUGCCACGACCUUGGCGUUGAUAGUGUUACUCAUGUUCGCUGCGGUCACUUGGGUUGUGAGAUAUAGAUACUUGAACAUGUAUUCUCGUCUCCCUCCAGAACCCCAGCGUAAAGAACCCGAUCUGGAUAUUUUCCCGGAGAGCCACGAAGAAGGUGCUAAGCCUGGCUUAACCAACUAUCUCGACGAGUUUCUUAGCGCUAUCAAAAUCUUUGGUUAUCUCGAACGCCCUGUGUUUCAUGAAUUGACCAGGAGUAUGCAAACCAGGAAGCUGAUCGCUGGCGAGACGCUGAACCUAGAAGAGGAGAAAGGAUUUUGUAUUGUUGUAGACGGGCUGGUUGAGAUCUUUGUCAAGUCUUCUAACCUCAACCAGUCAUCCCCAUCUACUGGGCUCGAUGAGAGCCCGACGCAGUCUUUCUCGGACGAUGAGCAAUCCAUCCCUGGUCAGCAACGAUAUCAGCUACUGACCGAGGUGCGGAAUGGCAACCCUAUGUCAUCCCUCUUCUCGAUAAUGUCUUUAUUUACAGAAGAUGUAAAGCUCAAGUCGCCGUCUGAGGAUAAUUUGGAGCCUAGUAGUAGCAACAGUCGCUCUCGUCAUGAACGUUUAGUUAGCGGCAGUUUUACGCAUGAGAAUGAUAUGACGGGGUUUUUAACUAAAACCUCAGAUAUUGACCCAGUUCAUGGUGGUCUAAUCCCGGUUGAUGAGUCUCAAGUCACGUCGCCAUCUUCUCCUACUCGACCUAGGCUACCAAAUAUCCCCCCUAUUUCCUUAGAUGAACCGCAAGUGGGCCGCACUCGUCCUGCUAUGAAAAGGACAGCCACCUCUGUCCAUCCCGAUAUCAUUGGAAGGGCGACAGUCGACACGACUAUCGCGAUCAUACCUGCGAGUGCAUUCCGUCGGCUGAUUCGGGUUUAUCCUAAAGCAACUGCUCAUAUCGUUCACGUCAUCUUGUCUAGAUUCCAGCGCGUCACUCUCGCUACUGCAUACAAUUAUCUCGGGUUAACCAACGAAGUUCUUCACACAGAAAAGAAUAUGAUUCGCUACGCCACUUGCCAGCUACCAAACAUUCUUCGAGGCGAUGCUUUAGAACGUCUUAAGGAAAAGUUUAAGCAGGAGAGGGAAAGAGCCGGCGAAGAGGAAAGUGGUAAAGGAAUUGCUUUGCAUAAUGGAUCCACUACGAGCCGCCGACGUAGGUCUUCGACGGGCCUACGUAAGGAGGCAGCCAUGCAAGCAAUGAGUCGUGCUAGACCUCGGUCUGUGGUGGCAUCUACGAUUGCGCCGCCACAAGAACGCCUCUCGAUUCAUACUCCCAGCCCUGGAGACCUGCUAGCCAACGUCCAGUUAGCCCGCAGUGGGGGAGCAGGAUCAAGUGGUACCUUAGAGAUACCCAUAGCAGAAUCUUUCCAGACUCCAAAUACCUUUCAGAGUGCAGACGCAAGUCCCCUCGCCCGGCGUACUUUCAACCCAUUCGCUACCCAGAAACGAGCUCGUUUAUCGAUCGAUCCUCGUGAGUCUGUUGAUGAGGACAACUUAUUCAGAGUGUCUAUAUUGGAAUGUGUUUUCAAAGCCUUAGGCAUGAGCAGCAGCGGCUCCUCAUCUAGGGGGCCGGAAUCUACGGAAGGGUCCCCGAGGCUUGUCUCGUAUGAUCAAAGAAGGCAGAAAGCUGUGUUUAGCAGUAACGCGUUUGGGUUCAUGGAUCCUUUUGAUGGCUCGGCUGAUUGGGAUGCUGAAUCAAUGACUUCCGGCGGUAUUUCAUCGACUGGCACGCCGAACGCCCAGAUUCUUGCGGCUGAUAUGAAGCAUGAAGUGGAAAUUGUUUUCUUUGGACAGGGCUCUGUAUUAGUCGAGCAGGGGGAGCGAAGUCCGGGACUUUACUAUGUCAUUGACGGAUUCCUCGAUAUUUGUGUCCCCGCAGAAGACUCGGGAAGCAAUAUCCUGAGUUCAUCCAGUAGAACAUCAACGACGGCGAUGCAUAGGGCGGAAUCCGAAGAAGCCGCUCGACGCCCGUCAUCCUUCGCUCCAACCAAGAAGUCCGAUAACAAAAGCACAUCUGAUUUGAAACGGGGUGCGAAACCAGAACGCCGCCGAGUAGGACUCGUGAAACCCGGCGGUCUUGCGGGUUACAUUAGUACGAUUUCUUCAUUCAGAUCCUUCAUCGAUGUGGUUGCAAAAACGGAUGUAUACGUUGGCUUCAUCCCGCGAGCAACAUUGGAGAAGAUUGUAGAGAAAUAUCCAAUUAUGCUCCUAACCAUGGCAAAGAGGCUCACGCAUCUACUUCCGCGACUCAUAUUGCAUAUUGAUUUUGCCCUUGAAUGGGUCCAAGUCAAUGCCGGGCAAGUCUUAUUCCGUAAAGAUGAGGAAAGCGAGGCUAUUUAUAUUGUUCUCAACGGAAGGUUGCGAUUAGUAGAAGACCGAAAGGAUGGCGGGAUGAAUGUUCGCGCAGAAUUCGGCCAAGGUGACAGUGUUGGUGAACUGGAGGUCAUGACUGAAUCCACCCGUUCUGGAACUCUGCACGCUAUCCGUGCGACGGAACUUGUCAAAUUUCCUCGCACCUUGUUCAACAGCCUUGCCCAAGAGCAUCCUAAUAUCACAAUCAAAAUUUCGAAGAUCAUAGCCUCUCGGAUGCGGUUAUUGGUCGAUGAUCCAUCAAAUCUCCCGGACGGGACUUCUGGCACAUCCAUUAAUAAGAGUUCAUCGACGUUGAACAUAAGGACUGUUGCUAUCCUUCCAGUUAGGUCGGGUAUUCCAGUUGUUGAAUUUGGAAACCGCCUGAUGAAUGCCCUAGCACAAGUUGGCACACCGAACGGUGCCACCUCGCUGAACCAAGCCGCAAUUCUCAGCCAUCUUGGUAAACAUGCAUUCAAUAAAAUGGGAAAGCUGAAGCUAGCUCAUUAUCUUGCCGAUCUUGAAGAGAAGUACGGACUAGUUGUUUACGUUGCCGAUACGAGCGUGACAGCACCUUGGACCCAGACCUGUAUCACACAAGCAGACUGCAUUCUGCUCGUAGGUCUGGCCGAAGGAUCCCCCGAGAUUGGCGAAUAUGAACGAUUUAUGCUUGGCAUGAAGUCAACCGCCCGCAAAACAUUGGUUCUUCUCCACACUGAGCGCUAUUCGCCCCCUGGUCUGACAAGAGCCUGGUUAAGAAACCGCGUCUGGAUUAAUGGAGGGCAUCACCAUUUACAGAUGGCCUUCGAGUCAAACGCUGUUGCCACACAUCCGCCCUCUAGGAAGGCUGGACCAACUUUAAAAGAGCGAGUACAAAUUCUGCAGGCUGAGAUACAGAAGUACACAGUUCAAAAGAUACGACAAAGGCCUUACUACUCACCCGAUGCCCCUUAUAAAGGCGACUUCCAAAGACUCGCCAGAAGACUUUGUGGCAAGUCUAUUGGUCUUGUACUCGGAGGGGGUGGUGCCCGAGGUAUUGCUCACGUUGGUGUCAUCAAAGCAAUGGAAGAGGCCGGCAUUCCUAUUGAUAUCGUCGGUGGCACGUCGAUCGGCUCCUUUAUUGGGGCCCUCUACGCACGCCAUGCUGACGUAGUGCCCAUGUUUGGUCUAGCUAAAAAGUUUGCCGGGAGGAUGGCAAGCGUCUGGCGGUUUGCGUUCGAUCUGACGUAUCCGUCGGCGUCGUACACAACAGGGCAUGAGUUCAAUCGCGGCAUUUUCAAGACUUUUGGGAAGCACCAGAUCGAAGACUUCUGGUUAGAGUAUUACUGCAAUACCGUGAACAUCAGCAAGAGCAGGCAGGAAUUCCACACUAGUGGAUAUGCUUGGCGAUAUGUGCGAGCAUCUAUGUCGUUGGCUGGUCUACUCCCACCUUUAUGUGACGAGGGCAGUAUGUUAUUGGACGGUGGUUACAUAGACAACCUCACAGUGUCCCAUAUGAAGUCCCUUGGUGCCUCCGUUAUUUUUGCCAUCGACGUAGGCGCCAUAGAUGACGAUACGCCUCAAUGCUACGGAGAUUCGCUCUCGGGAUUCUGGGCAUUCUUCAACCGAUGGAAUCCCUUUUCGAGCAUUCCAAACCCCCCUACGCUGGCGGAGAUUCAAGCUCGAUUAGCCUACGUAUCGAGCGUAGACGCUCUGGAGCGCGCCAAGACGACACCGGGAUGUUUCUACAUGCGCCCGCCGAUCGAUGAAUAUGGGACUCUAGAAUUCGGGAGGUUUGACGAAAUCUAUGAUCUAGGGUAUAAAUUUGGCAGGCAAUAUCUUGACCGCCUAAAGGAGGACGGCGUGCUUCCAUUAGUGGAAGAAACUGAGGCAAAGAAGGCAUUGCGCAGGACAAUGGCGCCCCGACGUGCGAGCAUUUGAUGAUAGCGAUCUUUAGCAGCGUUGUUACAUAUAUACCCAGUCACCAUCUCACACUCGCAUACCAGAGUUAUGAAGUCAAUACGAACCUAUAAAGUCGAU